AUGACUAACUCUCACUCCUUCCAAACCCUACUCUUCCACCCCCCCGGACUCUCACUCUCUCUCUAUGAUGAACAAGCUCUGGAAUUUGGUCUUUUCCCUUAACUCUGUUCGAUCUCCACCGCAAUCCUUUUUCUCCUUCUCUCCGUUCUCGAUCUAACUCAACAAAUUGAGCACUUGGUGGCCACUGUGUUGAUCUAGAUCCAGGGCUUAUGGGCUUAUUCUUUUUGGGUAUUUCAAUUUGGCUCUUUCCAGUCGUUCCUCUCCCUCUCUCGUGCGAGGUCAUUCAACUCAGAUGCUUUCAAUUCAAUGGCGAGGUCAUUCGUGCGAGUUUCGUUCUGUCCGAGCGCAAUUUCGAUUCAACUCGGAUGCUUUCUCUUCUCUGCUGACGGAGAGUUCGCGUCUUGGGCCUCUGGCCUCGCCGGUGUGCGUCUAGUGUGACCGGACAGGUUGCUGUCGGAGGUGAUUGGGAUGGAGAUCGGAGACUGGGGCGUUGGGAUUUCGAUAUGUUUGGUUUUUAUUUGAUGACGGUGGCUGCACGGAGACUGGGUGAGCGGAAGAUGGUGGUGACUAGGUGUGUGGCGGCGGUCGGGGAUUCGGAUCCGGCAGUAGGGUUGUUGACCCUCUGGGUUUGGGGAUGGAGACGGUGGGAAUACAGGCUCGGGUGUUGAUCUUCUUCAUGGAAUUGGGCAUGAGAGCUUUGUGUUUGUGGUGGUGGGUGAUGCGUGGUCAACGACGAUUGGGGUCCGGUAUCAGCGGCGACGUGACGACCUUGGUGGUGGCUCUUGUUUGGAGCUCAAUUCAUGGCCUUGUUUUUGGUGACAGGUCUGUUCAGCUCACUUUCGCGACGAAAGAGAUUGAUGUAACGGAAUGGAAAGGGGACCUGCUUGCGGUUGGUGUUACAGAGAAGGACUUGAGGAAAGAUCAGAACUCGAAAUUCGAAAAUCCGAUAUUGAAGAAGCUGGAUUCUUGUUUGGGUGGGGUGUUGGCUGAGGUCUCGACUAAGGAGGACUUCACAGGAAAGUCUGGCCAGUCUACGGUUAUUAGGCUUCCUGGUCUUGGCUCGAAGAGGGUUGGCUUGUUUGGGCUUGGACAAUCUGCUUUUGACAGUGGUGGCUACAACAUCAAGACAGGACCUGGCUGUUCAAUUGAGCUUAUGAAGGUUGAUAUGGGAGGUUCAGCAGCUGUAUUAGGUGCAGCAAAAGCCAUUGGUCAAAUCAAACCUUCUGGUGUAGAGGUUCAUUUCAUUGUCGCAGCUUGUGAGAAUAUGAUAAGUGGAACAGGUAUGAGACCUGGGGACACUGUCACAGCUUCUAAUGGAAAGACCAUUGAGGUCAGGGAAAUGUUUUAUCAUGCAUUUAAUGGGUACAUGGACCAUGCUUUCCCACUUGAUGAAUUAAGGCCUCAUUCUUGUGGGGGUGAAGAUAGCCUCGGUGGAUAUGCCCUAACUUUGAUUGAUGCUUUAGAGACACUAGCUUUACUUGGUGAUCGGGACGGCUUUGCUGCCUCUGUUGAAUGGAUUGGUAAAAACCUUCAGUUUAAAAUAAAUAAGACGGUAUCUGUUUUUGAGGGGGCUGUAGCCAGAGGCCAAAAUGUCAACAACAUUUAUGGGCUGGUUGCAGAUGAACUUGUAGAAGAGUUUUCUGACCCUAUCAAUGACGUUACAUCCCCUGUUUAGAUACCUAUUAUUAGAAAGAUGGCUCUGCAAAAGUUGAUGGAAAUCUGCCGGUAUUACUGUAACAAAUGUUCUGAAGGUCACAUUGCAAUAAGUGACCACUUUGAACAAAUUCCAUGUAAUUAGUAGGUUAAUUGGAGUUUUAUUUUGCCUAUUUUGUGAACUGUCCAGGAUGAUGAUUUUGGACAAAAUAUCUCAAUAUUCAAAUCACUUUUGUCAA